ACUAAACAAACUCCAAAACAUCUUGUGCUCCUUCCAAUGGUUCCUCAAAUGAGAAUCCACUGGAUGACCAGCCUCUUCUUACUCAUCUUAUGCCUUGCGGCUCGCAACCAAGCUCCAUGGCACUUCCUCUUCCUUCUCUUCACCCUCUCCUUCAUUCUACCACUCUUCUUGACCACCUGGCUUGUUCCUAGUGGCUUUGCAUGGCACAAGUACUCAGGGAAUGGUCCGAUAGCCCCCGGGCCGAUCGGGUGGCCGUUGCUCGGCAGCCUCCCUCUCAUGGGUCCUCUUGCCCACCGCAAGCUAUCCGACCUAUCGAAAUCUCACCAUGCGAGCCGCCUCAUGGCCCUCAGCUUUGGUGCAACGCCGGUGGUGAUCAGCAGCCACCCUGACACUGCCAGGGAGAUCCUGUGCAGCGCAGCAUUCGGAGACCGGCCGACUAAGGUGUCGGCCAGGCUCCUCAUGUUCGAACGGGCCAUCGGGUUCGCUCCCUCCGGCGAUUACUGGCGGCACCUCCGCCGCAUCGCCGCCAACAACAUGUUCUCCCCUCGGAGGAUUGCAGCCUUGGAGAGCCUCCGGCAUCGAGUGGCCGACGGCAUGAUACAUAGAGUGUCUAAAGAGAUGGAGAGGAGAGGGAUGGUGGUCUUGAGGGGAGUGUUGCAGAAGGGCUCCUUGGAGAGUAUCGUGGGGAGUGUGUUUGGGAAGUCACCUGGGGAAUUGGAGGAGGGGAAAGAGUUCAUGGAGAUGGUUAGGGAAGGGUAUGAGUUGAUAGGGAAGUUUAACUUGGAGGAUUACUUUUCAUUAGGUGGUCUCUUGGAUUUCUCUGGGGUGGGAAGAAGGUGCGAGCAACUGACUGUUAGGGUUAAAGCUCUCAUUGGUAAAAUUGUGGAAGAGAGGAGAAGACAGGGUGACUUCUGCAAGCAAGAUGACUUUCUAAGCUUGCUGCUUGCUUUGCCAAAGGAAGAGAGCCUCAGUGAUUCGGAUAUAAUAGCAGUUCUUUGGGAAAUGAUAUUUCGAGGAACAGAUGUAGUUGCCAUCCUCUUGGAAUGGAUCAUGGCAAGAAUGGUUUUACACCCUCGCAUCCAAGCCAAGGCCCAACGAGAGCUCGACGCCUUCGUCGGUGGCCGACCUGUGCAAGAUUCCGACAUGUCGAAUCUCCGGUAUCUUCAAGCCAUUGUCAAGGAGGUCCUACGAUUGCAUCCACCUGGGCCACUCCUCUCAUGGGCAAGGCUGGCCAUUCGGGAUGUCCACGUGGACAAGUUCUUCAUUCCGGCAGGGACAACGGCCAUGGUGAACAUGUGGGCGAUCACUCAUGAUGGAUCCAUAUGGAAGGAUCCGUGGGCCUUUAAACCUGAGAGGUUCCUCCAAGAGGAUGUGGGCAUACUAGGUUCGGACCUAAGGCUCUCACCAUUUGGAUCCGGCCGGAGGGUGUGUCCAGGGAGGGCUUUGGGCUUGACCACGGUGCACUUGUGGCUCGCACGUCUUCUGCAACAAUAUAAUUGGACUGCUACCAGUUUGCCGGUGCAGCUGUCGGAGUGCCUGCGCCUUUCGCUCGAGAUGAAGAAGCCAUUGGUUUGUCGGGCUGUCCUGCGAGAUCUUGCAAUGGAGGCAAAUCAUGCUUGAUCUCUUGUAGCAAUAUAAUAGAGAUGGAGUUGCACGAUGUGUUUUAUUGUAUUUAUUGUCCAAAGUGGUAUUUGAACUAGGUUUCCAGUGAGUCUUAAACUUGAAUAAUGUGUAGACUCCUAUGUUAACCUUUCAAGUGAUAUAGGGAAUGGAAAGCUAAGAUGCAUCUCUCUUUCUUAUAUUUGUUGUAGUGUAGCUCUCUCCAUGUAUAAGGAAUGAAUAACUAA